GUCAUCCAUCAAAAGCUCUAUAAAACCAAUAAUCUUCAUUGGAUGUAAAAUUAUCUAUUUACAUUUUUCUCUUUCAAGAAGAAGCAGCCAUGGAAGGUAAAGGAGUAACCUUUAGUUCUGUUAUAGUUCCUUCUGUUCAAGAGAUGGUGAAGGAGAAGGUGAUCACAACGGUACUUCCUCCGAGGUAUGUGCGGUCUGAUCAAGAAAAAGGCGAGGCAGCCAUUGAUUCUGGUGAAAACCAAAUCCCAAUCAUAGACAUGAGUCUUUUGUCUUCUUCAACCUCCAUGGAUUCUGAGAUUGACAAACUCGACUUUGCUUGCAAAGAAUGGGGAUUUUUCCAGCUUGUAAACCAUGGAAUGGACUUGGACAAAUUCAAGUCCGAUAUUCAAGAUUUCUUCAACCUUCCCAUGGAAGAGAAGAAGAAGCUGUGGCAACAACCCGGUGAUAUCGAAGGGUUUGGACAAGCUUUUGUGUUUUCAGAAGAGCAGAAACUCGAUUGGGCUGACGUUUUCUUCCUUACAAUGCAACCUGUUCCAUUACGCAAACCUCACUUGUUUCCCAAGUUACCUCUUCCCUUCAGAGAUACACUGGAUACGUAUUCGGCUGAACUGAAAAGCAUAGCUAAGGUCUUAUUCGCGAAACUAGCGAGUGCACUCAAAAUCAAACCUGAGGAAAUGGAAAAGUUGUUUGAUGAUGAGUUAGGUCAGAGAAUUAGGAUGAAUUACUACCCGCCUUGUCCGGAGCCCGAUAAGGCUAUUGGUCUAACUCCACAUUCCGAUGCUACAGGACUCACCAUACUGUUGCAGGUUAAUGAAGUUGAAGGUCUCCAAAUCAAGAAAGAUGGCAAGUGGGUUUCUGUCAAACCUCUCCCAAAUGCUUUAGUUGUCAAUGUUGGAGACAUCUUAGAGAUCAUAACGAAUGGGACAUACCGAAGUAUAGAGCAUCGUGGAGUUGUAAACUCAGAGAAAGAGAGGCUUUCUGUGGCGUCAUUCCAUAAUACGGGGUUCGGUAAAGAAAUUGGUCCGAUGAGAAGUCUCGUGGAAAGGCACAAGGGUGCACUUUUCAAAACCCUGACCACUGAAGAGUAUUUCCAUGGCUUGUUUUCCCGUGAGCUCGAUGGAAAAGCUUACCUUGAUGUUAUGAGAAUCUAAGGAAACCAUGCAUAAAACCAUUGUCUUCUUGUGUUACAUAUACUCUGUUUCUUCUCUGUUUUCAUACUUUCUGCGGCAAUCAUCUCUGUCUGCUUUAUAUAUGUUAAAACAAUGACUAAUAAAGAAUGUUUGUGCUUUUGAUGUUAGUGUUGCUCAAAGCUAUAUCUAAUAAAAGUAACACAUUGUCCCAAAAAAUAAAAAUAACAGUAACACAGACGCUCUAUUUUUGAAACAGAUGUGAGAUUUUAUUUAGCAAUGUAUUUUUUUUUGUUACCAAUCAACCAAAUACAUUCUCAGUCCAAUAAAUGAUCUCAAAACAUCCCCCCAUCUUUCGAGGUACGCUUCUUUGGAGAUUGAGGUAUAACUUAAGUUUGCUCAAAAUGUUCAUGGUAAGCGAUGACAAAAAGCUUUCUCUAUCCGGCAGAAUAAUCUGCAGAUCUCUAGCAGACCUCGAGUUUCUUGGAAGUAAAAAUCUCCGUCAAGAAUGCAGCAGAGAAUCCAAAGCGUGAAACUGUACCUUCUAAGAAUUUGGAUCUUCCAAAUGCCCAAAAGUCUCAUUCCAAUGGCUUACAGCUUCUUCCUGUGUUCGCAUAAUCCAGAUAUGUUUUUCCGCAGCAGCUUUCUCUUGCUCUUCCAGAAUUCUCUGCAAUUGUCAAAGCUUAAAUUUUCUUGGACAAAACAGACACAUUCAUACACAAACAGUAGAAACUGCACCAAUGUUAUGUGCAUAAAGGACAUGGUGCAGAAGGACAUUGUCCCAUGUUCAGAAACAAAAUGUAUGCUAAACAUAAAAGCUGCA